UAGUAUAACGCUAGUUAGCUUCCUAUCGCGUUAACGUCCCCCGGAUGUGACGUUGCCUACACCGACUUCCUGUAUAUGGUUACUAAGCAACCGCGUUGCUGCGUUUCCUCCCCGUUCCCUUGGCCCACUUAGCUCAGGGCUAGCUUAGCUCUCUGACUGGCCUGUUUCGUUAGUCAUAGGCGGGCGGAUGGCCGGUCCUCCGGCGGACUGGACCCGGGCCCCGGUAGCCUUCGGCCGGCGCGCGGUGCCGCAGCUGUUCGGUGAGCUGAUGCGACCGGAAGCGGAAGUGAGGCUGCGGGCUUUGGCGUCGCUCUGCGGGCUGAUGAGGGACCCGGAGCGGGUGUACCAGGCCGUCCGGGGGGGGUUUCUGGAGCAGCUGAAGGUUUUGUUUGUUGAUGAAGAUCCUUCAGUCAGAACCAAAACGUGUGAGCUGCUUCACCUGAUGACGUCACACAGCAUCAGCAGACAGGCCUUGCUGUCCUCCUCCCUCCUCCAUCCUCUCGCUCUGCUGAUGGAUGACCCCUCCUCCUCCUGUAGGAGGAGCCUCCUCCUUGUGCUGAACAGCCUCGCUCUGCUGCCGGAAGGUGCAGAAGCUCUGCUGACUCUGGUUCCUAAGCUGAUGCAGAAGCUUAGACAGGUGAUGGAGGAGGAGGUAGAGGUGGAGGAGGUGCUGCUCCUCUCCACCAUCACCUCCUGCUCCAGGCUCGACGCCCUGCCCGCUCUUGCCUGUGACGCUGUCUUGCUAGUGGGGGGGCGACUCUCCCACCUCUCCCCCAACAUCCGCAGGGAGGCGUCUGCAGCGCUGAUGGCCCUCAGUGCCUGUGAGGAGGGGAGGCGCCGGGUGUGUGAGGAGGCGCUGCUUCCUGCGGUGGUGGAGCUCCUGCAGGACGGAGACGUGGCGGUUCAGGCCAACGCUGCCGGGGUCCUGAUGUACACUGGCGUCAUCACGACAGGCAAGCAGCGGUGUCUGGACCUGAACGUCAUCCCCAUGCUCCUGGACCUGGUCACGAGGGACCAGGAGCAGCAGGAGGAGAGGAGCAGGAAGGCCCUGAUCAUGUUCUCCCUCAGGGCCCUGACAACGCUGGCCGAGGCCCCGCUGGGCCGCCGCCUCCUGCUGGAGCAGCUCCCCCUGCUGGUGAGGAGGAGCGAGGCGGCAGAGGAGGACCUGGACAUCCGGAGGGCCGCUCAGACCGCCGUGAGGGUGAUCACCUGGACCCCCUGAGACCACAACGGGGCCAUAAUAAAGACCGUUAAUGGUCCAUCAUUUACUAUUAGUUCAUUACUGACCUCACAGCUUUGUUGGCUUAGGAGUCUUUACUAUAUCUUUAUUUUGUAGAAAGCCUCUUUAUUAACACAUAGUCAUUUUAUACAUAUAACUAAAUCAUUGGUCAGAGAAACAGGAAGCUUAGAUUUAAGCAGCCUCGUGUUUUAGAGUUUCACAAUAAAACGUGUUUACUUGUGUUAAAAGCAAUAAAGCCCUAAUUGCAAUAAAGUGCUUCUAACACUAAGGUCCAGAAAAAAAGGGUCCUGAGACCCGAGGGGGGUGGAGGCCUCAGCUUGGUUCUCCUCUCUGACCUGCUGCUCUGAAUGGAGCCGUUCAGCUUCACAUUAAGGCCACAGGCUUUUUGUCUAGUCCAAACAGAGAAAUAUAUAUAUAUAUAUAUAUAUAUAUAUAUAUAUAUAUAUAUAUAUAUAUGUGCGUGUGUGUAAAGAUGGACCAAAUGUAAAGACUAAAGCAUUUGAAGCACUUAGUUGUUAGAUAGUUAGAUUAGUUGUAGGUUUCACGUUACAUUACAACAUAGUACAAUACAUUAUAUUACAUAACACCGUGUUUUAUUAUAGAAUCUAAUGUAGGUUCAAUCAACCUCAGAUAUCAGAUUCAUGAUGAUCUUGUUGCCAAAAUUAAAACUGUGUUUAGUUAAAUGAA